AUGGAUCGACCUCCUGACAUACCGAUCUAUGGCCCCAUGUAUGGUGUCUCCUUUCAUCACCGGUUGCCCACACAUAGUGAUAUUUCUGGAAAGCAUUUUCCACAGGACCAUAGCACAAUGGAACCUGCACCCAGGAUGCCGCACUUGGGCGGAAAGCAAUACUCUCACCAGAGGAUGGCUCCAAUAGCCGAGAAAUCCACUCACCACCAUAGCAACAGUUCGGGAAAACACCUCCAUCAUAGGCAUAGCACCUCGUCAUCAUCCUCAUCGUCUCACAUUUUGCAGAAAAAUAUACACAACUCUGGUGGUGGGGGUAAGCAGUAUUCUCACGAAUCGCAGAGAAUGUCGCAUCAUAGUAGCAGCAGCAGCAGCAGCAAUAAUGAGAAAACCUCUCAUCACAGUUCCACCAUGUCUGGAAAGCAAUUCCCUCAUCAUCACAUGUCACUUGUUCCUGAAAAAUCAAUGACCCCAGAGAAUAUCCCUUCAAAACAGAUGUCCUCCACAUCCUCAUCUCAUCACAGGCCAGACUCUGCUGACAAGGAACACAUGUCAUCUGGUGACAUUAUCGAUCGACCUGACAGUAAUAGCAACAACAGUAACAUUUCUGGAGGAAACCAGUUCUCCCCGCAGCAGUCCCCAGGGAUGGAGUCCCCACCUCGUAUUCCCUACCUUGGUCAGAACAUGUUUCCUGGAAACAUGUAUGUCAACCAAUACCAGCAGUCAUCAUGCUACAUGCAGUCACCUUCGGAAAGAUCACAGCUUCAGGAAAGUAUUGAUGGAGAUAUGGGAGAAAUGUCGCCUGAAGAGGGGGCUCCACACAAGGGUUCUCCUUACAGCAGUGAGAAAUCCUAUCAAGGAGAUCCCUUGGGGCAAAAGCAGUAUUCUCAAAACAAGCCCAUGCCACAGCCACAGAAGCAGCCACCCCAACGUCUGUAUUGUGACUAUUGUGGCAAGAAAUUUGCGCAGGAAUACCUUAUGUAUAUGCACAGACGGAAACACACUGGAGAAAAACCGUUCCAGUGCGAUGUCUGCAAUAAACAAUUCUCACGGAAGGAUGUGAUGCUGAGGCACAAGAAAAGUCAUCAUACUGGAACAUAUCCACAGAUGUCUCCUGUCACCGACAUGGGAAAUUAUCAACAGGAACCAACACCGCCCCAGCCACAACCACAAUCACAGCCACAACCACAAAACUAUCCCUCCAUGAUAAAGAAACCUUGCACCCCUGACAAGCUCUUUCAGUGUGACAUCUGUAACAAGUACUUUGGCACUAAGAACUAUUUAGAGAUCCAUAAGCGGACGCACACAGGGGAGAAGCCCUUCCAGUGCGAUUUCUGCAUCCAAAGGUUUGCUCGCCGUGACACUCUGAUGAUUCAUCGCCGCACGCACACUGGCGAGAUGCCAUUUGAGUGUGAUAUUUGCAUGGAGAGGUUUUCGCAGCGUGUCAAGCUGCAGAUGCACCAGAAGAAUGCACAUGUGCCGAAGCAGAAACAUCAGUGCGAGUUCUGCCUGAAGCAGUUUGCACAACGCUACUAUCUGAAGAUCCACCGCCGGCUCCAUACAGGGGAGAAACUGUUGCAAUGCGACAUUUGUCUGAAGAAGUUCACGCAACGUCACUACUUGAUCAUUCAUCGACGCACGCACACAGGAGAGAAGCCGUUCCAUGACAAACUGCGUGUGCAUCGAAGGACACAUGCGCCAAAAAGGCGCUACGAGUGCGACAUAUGCAUGAAGCUCUUUGCCCAGCGGCAUUACCUGCAAGUGCACCGAAGGUCCCACACCGGGGAGAAACCAUUCCAGUGCGAUGUCUGCUUCAAGCAGUUUGCCCAGAAGAACACUUUGCAGAUCCACAAGAGGACUCACACCGGCGAGAAGCCCUUUGAGUGUGACAUCUGCCUCAAACGCUUCGCCCACAGACACUAUCUCCAAUUGCACAAGCGAACACACACAGGUGAACGCCCAUUUCAGUGUGAUUUUUGCUUCAAGCAGUUCGCCCAGCGGAACUCCCUUGUGAUCCACCGCAGGACCCACACGGGAGAGAAACCUUAUCAGUGCGAGGUGUGUUUGAAGGCGUUUGCCCAGCGGCAGUAUCUGCGGCUCCACAAGGUCACCCACACCGGUGAGAAAGCCUUCCACUGUGAGAUCUGCUCCAAGCAGUUCGCCCGGAGUGACACGCUUCAGCGUCAUCGCAGGACUCACUCGACACAACCCCAGAAUGAGCCUAAGACUUCACAGAAAGCAGGCUCUGGUUCCAACACCGCCAAAGGCAUAGAAGAAUUCCCCCCCAUGAGUAGCUACUUAUGGCAGUUGUAA